GUAUAAAUUUGUGAUUUUCAGUAUUUAUGAAUUUUCCUGAUAAUUUGUCGGAAAAUUGAGAAAAACUAUUUCCAAAAAUAAAUGACGAACAAAAGUCGAUGCAAUUGCGAAUAAAAUGAGUGGUAGCAAAGAAGAAAAAGAUGUCAAAAAUAAAUUAAUUUUGCAAAAACAAACCUUAGAUUCGGGAAAUGCAAUAAAUUCCAAAAACAAAGGUGCGAGCAUUGCUGGCACAAGUUAUGGCAUUGAUGAUUUAGUGCAAUAUGUAACACUAUACCUACGGAACCCCAUAGCUUUAAGUGGUGUCGUGCUGCCUUUCAUACCUUUGUAUCUGGGAGCAUUUUAUUUGUGGAUUGCGGUCUAUGGCGUUGAAGAAUAUUACGAAGCCGGUCUUGUUACAAUUGCUGCUAUAGCAUUUGUUCAUGUAUUGACAUUGCUGUGUUGCUAUUGGAGUGUUCAUGUUUUGGCGUUUUUAAACUGCCGGAAGGUCAAAGUACCGAAAGUGGGAGUACUCGCCAAAGUAGUUCCGACUGAAAAUAAUGGAUCAUCUGAAAUGGUAUCUAUCAGAAGAACCACAUUGGAGGAUGGCCGAGAACUGUAUUAUUUUCUGUUCCAAAAAACCAAAUACAUUUGGGAUGAAGAGAAAGCCACCUUCAGAGACAUCGAGUUUCCCGUCAAUGAACUUUUGCAGAAUUAUUCAAAGUCACGUGGUCUUGAGACGGAGGCUGCCAUUACAUUGGCAGAAAAGACGUAUGGUAACAAUCAAAUGGAGAUGGUUGUCCCAGAAUUUUCUGAAUUGUUCAUUGAGAGGGCUACUGCGCCGUUUUUCGUAUUUCAAAUAUUUUCUGUUGGUCUUUGGUGUCUAGACGAAUAUUGGUAUUAUUCUUUAUUCACACUGUGUAUGCUAAUUGUUUUCGAAUGUACUUUAGUGCAACAGCAAUUGCGCAAUAUGUCCGAAAUUCGUAAAAUGGGAAACAAGCCUUAUUUAAUAAACGUUUUUCGUCAAAAUAAAUGGAGACAAAUGUUAUCAGAUCAGUUGUUACCCGGUGAUUUAGUCUCAAUAACUAGAUCUCAAGAUGACAAUAUUGUUCCUUGCGAUUUGGUAUUGCUACGUGGAAGUUGUAUAGUGGAUGAGAGCAUGUUAACAGGCGAAUCAGUACCACAAAUGAAGGAGUCCUUAGAAUCUCUCGAUAACCUCAAUACUGAACUCGAUGUGGAUGGCGAGGGAAAACUGUUUGUUUUGUUUGGUGGCACCAAAGUGGUGCAACAUACGCCACCUACUAAAGACGCAAUGCGGGCACCGGAUGGCGGUUGCAUUGGUUAUGUCAUUCGUACUGGAUUCAAUACAUCUCAAGGCAAAUUAUUGCGUACAAUUUUGUUUGGAGUCAAACGUGUAACAGAAAACAAUUUGGAAACGUUUGCCUUCAUUGUAUUCCUAAUGAUAUUCGCUGUUGCAGCGGCUUCUUAUGUUUGGAUUAAGGGUAGUGAAGAUCCUGAACGUAAUCGCUACAAACUGUUUUUGGAAUGCACAUUAAUUCUUACAUCUAUCAUUCCCCCCGAUCUACCAAUUGAAUUGACAUUGGCCGUCAAUACCUCGCUAAUGCAACUGUCAAAGUUGUAUGUGUUUUGUACGGAACCUUUCCGUAUUCCUUUUGCUGGCAAAGUACAAAUCUGUUGUUUCGAUAAAACAGGCACCUUGACUUCAGACAAUUUGAUGGUAGAAGGUGUGGCCGGACUAACAAACGAUGGCGCCAUCAUACCGAUGGAGAAAGCAGAGGACAGUACCGUCCAAGUUUUGGCCACUUGCCAUUCAUUGGUUAUGCUUGAAGACGGUUUAGUCGGAGAUCCCCUGGAAAAAGCAACACUCACAGCUGUUGACUGGAAUCUUACAAAGCAGGAAAGUGUUAUACCAAAACGUGGAAAAUUGAAACCAUUGCGUAUCUAUCAACGUUUCUAUUUUUCAUCUGCACUAAAACGCAUGUCCGUUUUGGCUGGCUAUUUGUCGCCUUUCGGUAACGAAGUUAGUUACAUUGGCACAGUUAAGGGAGCGCCAGAAAUUUUAAUGAAAAUGUUGAAAAAUGUACCGGAAAAUUAUGAAAAGACAUUCUUAGAAUAUUCCCGCCGAGGCGCACGUGUAUUAGCUUUAGGCAUUAAAGAGUUCGGCACUAUGAGCAAUCAACAAGUCCGUGAACUUAAACGUGAAGAUGUUGAGUGUGAUCUUACCUUUGCUGGAUUUGUUAUAAUUUCGUGCCCAAUGAAACCAGAUUCCAAAAGCGUCAUCAAAGAGCUUAUUCAAGCUUCUCAUAAGGUGGUAAUGAUAACUGGUGACAAUCCUUUGACCGCUUGUCAUGUUGCCAAAGAAUUGCGUUUUACACGAAAGAAGUUGCUUGUCCUCUCUGCCUCUCCCAAGAUCGCAGGCGAAUGGCAGUGGGUUUCUAUUGAUGGUGAAAGUGCUUUUAGUCUGGACUUGGACUCUUUGAAUGAUUUCGAUCUAUGUAUAACCGGCGAAGGUCUGCAAUAUCUUAAGGAAAAUCAGCAUAAAUACAUGUUGCAAAUCCUACCGCGCAUUACAGUCUGCGCCCGCUUUGCACCCAAGCAGAAGGAAUAUGUAAUAACGACGCUUAAGUAUCUCGGCUACUGUACUCUUAUGUGUGGUGAUGGUACAAACGAUGUGGGUGCUUUGAAACAUGCUAAUGUGGGAGUAUCGUUGCUCUCUAAUGUACCAUCGAAACGAAACACCAACACUGCCCUGGCGGCUACUGGUACUGUUGAAAAUGCUGCUACCCCAACUAAUGUUGCAGCUACUGCCAAUCAACGGUUAGGUGGUCGCAACGCUCCAGCAGCUCUGGCUAAUCGUCCACAAAACCAUGCAUUGUCACCACGUGAGCGUGCACUUCAACAGAGACGGGAACAACUUUCCCAAACACAAGCACGAUUGCAAACAGUGUUACGAGAAAUAGACGAAGAACAGGUGUCGGUUGUAAAAUUGGGUGAUGCUAGUAUUGCAGCACCAUUUACUAGCAAAUCGUCAUCGAUUAUGUGCGUUAAUCAUAUCAUAAAACAAGGACGCUGUACUUUAGUCACCACAUUGCAAAUGUUUAAAAUUUUGGCUUUAAAUGCUCUCAUAUCAGCCUAUUGUCAAUCUGUGCUCUAUAUUGAUGGUGUAAAGUUCAGUGACACGCAGGCCACAUUGCAGGGUCUCUUCAUUGCAGCAUGUUUCCUUUUCAUUACACGCUCAAAACCUUUAAAAACCCUCUCUAAAACAGCACCCCUGCCAAAUAUUUUUAAUUUUUAUACGGUCACUACAAUACUGUGCCAAUUUGCUGUUCAUUUCACAGCAUUGUUUUAUUUAACCCAAGAGGCAACGGCCAGGGCUCCACCAAGAGAAGGCAAAGUUAAAUUGUACAUUGACAUGGAUGCUGAAGAAAAACAAAAGUUUGAACCGAAUAUUAUUAACAGCACAGUGUACAUAAUUUGUUUGGCAUUACAAGUAUCCACUUUUGCUGUAAACUACAAGGGGCAUCCGUUUAUGGAAAGUUUGCGUGAAAAUCGUUUACUUUUGUAUUCAAUUCUUGUGUCUACUGGUUUGGUGGUUAUGUUGGCUUUAGGUCUAUCGUCAGAUUUGACAAACACCUUUGAAAUUGUCGAUUUUCCUAGUGAUUUCCGCCAAAUACUGAUCUACGUUUUGUUGGCCGAUACCAUUGCAGCCUUUGUGGUUGAUAGAGUAUGUUCAUUCCUUUUCGGUGAAACCAGACGAAAAUCUAAAGCACUGAAUUCUUAAAAUCAUUCUAUCGUAUUAAUUUUCUUUAUCUCUAUCAAUUCAUCGGUUUUUGAAUUACAUAUUUAUUUAAAUUAUGGAAUUUCUUACUCUUUAAGAUUUUUAGUAUAAUUAUUUCGCUUAUGCUUUUGUAAAGCUAUCAAAAUAUGUUCUUUUCUUUUUUCCCCUUGUUUGGAAUUUCAAUCAGUUUAUAAAUAAUUGUCUUUUAGUAAAUGGUGUAUUGUUUUUUCCAUUUUUUUGUUAUAAUUUAGAGCUUUGGCUCAUCAUCGUAUCUAAUUUACAUUACUAAUUUACUGUAAUGUCGUAAAAACUCGAGUUAAUUUAUUUAAAAAUAUUUAACUAUUUUUGUUAUUUUACGAGUGUUUUCCUUUUUAUACCAAAUGUAUAUGAUUUUUAAUUUUUUAAAAUAAAAACUGAAAUGAAAAAAAAAAAUAUUUAAAAUUAUAAGAGGACACACAGCUUACUUACAAAACACACAUUUAAACAUACAUACCCGAUUGUAUACAUUCAUACAUACAUAUAGAUAUUAUGUAUUUAUACUAUAUGAUGCAUUUGUUGUAAAACAAACAUACAUAUUUACAUAUGUAUGGAUACAUUACAUACAUCAUAUGUAGGUAGAUAUUCAAUACAUUUAAAACCAGAAAAUUUAUGUAAAGAUUAAAUAAAAUCAGUGUUUUAUUAUUAAUUAUAUAUAGUAUACAUUAAUAAAUACAUACAUAUAUGUAAGUGUACAUAAAUAGAUCAAUUUAUAUUAUUUCUCUCUUUAAACUGGUAGAAUAAAAAAAAUAAUAAUUUGAAAAGAAAAAAGAUUAAAAAUAUAUUCUUUUGUCGUGCUAAA